AUGACAAGACAAGCUUCUCUUCAGUCCAUUAUUUCUCGUGCCACCACUACUCGCAACAUCUGGGAGAUCCUCUCCAACACCUAUGGGAAAUCCUCCAGUGGUUGCAUCCAUCAAAUCCGGGAUCAACUCAAGGAGAGCACCAAAGGAACUAAGUUCGUACAUGACUACUUGCGUGGUAUCAUUAACAAAGCGGAUCAAAUAGCGUUGCUUGAUGCUCCGUUACCACAUGAAGAUCUCCUUGAAUAUAUCACCAGCAGCCUCAACGAUGACUACAGAGCUAUUGUAGAGAUGGUUCAAGGCCGUGACACACCAAUCUCCAUUGAAGAACUCCAUGAGAAGCUCAUCAACAGAGAAAAUGCAUUAAAAGCUGUAGGCGACACCAAUCUCUCUGUUCUUGCAAUUGCUAAUGUGACACAUCUUUCACGGCAAUCACCUCGUGGUGGCUUCACCUCGUCUCGCGGUGGCUUCCACUCAUCUCGUGGUGGCUUUCGUCUGUCUUGCCCGUAUCUCGGCAAGUGUCAGCUUUGUGGUUUACAAGGUCAUGGCGCUAAACUUUGUCCGCAGCAUCAACAACAAUCACAACAGUUCUCCUACCAUGCUCCCCAAUUUAACCAGUUUUGCGGGUCUACUCCUUCCCAGACUCCACAUCUGCCACUUCCUGCUCCCCAAUGGCGAGCUCAGGCUCAUUACAUCACUACUGGUUCCCAGGCUAACGUCACUCCUUGGCUUCUUGAUAGCACUGCUUCACAUCACAUCGCUAGUGAUCUCAGCACUCUUUCCCUGCAAACACCUUACAAUGGCAGUGACAAUGUGAUGGUUGGUAAUGGUACCGGCCUUCCCAUCUCUCACACCGGUUUAGUUUCUCUCCUUUCUCAUUUCAAACCACUCAAACUCCAAAAUGUUUUAUGUGUCCCUGAAAUGCGUCGAAACCUAAUUUAUCUCAACAAGUUAUGCAAAACUAAUAACGUUAUGGUUCAACUCUGUCCGUAUUAUUUUCAGGUGAAGGACCUUCACACGGGAACGACACUACUCAAAGGCAAGGCCAAUGAGGGCGUGUAA